AUGUCCUACAAAGCCUUUGGGACUUCUCUCAGUUCAUUAUUGUCCCUAGCGGGAUUGUAUCCUCAGGGUGAUGCAUUGGUAUGCGAGAAAGAGGAGCAGAAUUCUCAGCAGGAAAACGUUGAGCAAGUGGAUAAACACAGAGCAUUAUCACAAAGAUCAAAAAGAAAUGUGUCCAGGAGUUAUGAGAAGGAAAAAUCCUGUGAGAUUCAGCACAGACCAGAAACAGAGCAAGGACACCACUCAGGGGAGAAAGUGGGUAAAUUUAUUUCCUGUUGGGGAACUCAGGAGAGUGUCAAGGAAACCACAACACAGCAGGAAAUCCUCAUGGGAAAGAGGAAAAAUACAUGCAGUGAGUGUGGAAAAUGCUUCACUCAAAGAUCAGCCCUUUCUGUACAUCAGAGAAUCCACACAGGGGAGAGGCCCUAUGAAUGCCGUGAGUGUGGGAAAAACUUCACUAGCAACUCCAACCUUUCUAAACAUCAGAGAAUCCACACAGGGGAGAGGCCCUAUGAAUGCCGUGAGUGUGGGAAAAACUUCAUUAGCAGCUCAUCCCUUUCUAACCAUCAGAGAAUCCACACAGGGGAGAGGCCCUAUGAAUGCCAUGAGUGUGGGAAAAGGUUCACUCACAGCUCAGUCCUUUCUAAACAUCAGAGAAUCCACACAGGGGAGAGGCCCUAUGAAUGCCGUGAGUGUGGGAAAAACUUCAUUAGCAGCUCAUCCCUUUCUAACCAUCAGAGAAUCCACACAGGGGAGAGGCCCUAUGAAUGCCGUGAGUGUGGGAAAAACUUUGCUUACAGAUCAGUCCUUUUUCACCAUCAGAGAAUCCACACAGGGGAGAGGCCCUACGAAUGCCAUGAGUGUGGGAAAAGUUUCAUUACCAGCUCAGCCCUUUCUGCACAUCAGAGAAUCCACACAGGGGAGAGGCCCUAUGAAUGCUGUGAGUGUGGGAAAAGCUUCAUUCACAGCUCAGCCCUUUCUAAACAUCAGAGAAUCCACACAGGGGAGAGGCCCUACGAAUGCCGUGAGUGUGGGAAAAGCUUCACUCACAGCUCUCGCCUUACUGGGCAUCAGAGAAUCCACACAGGAGAGAGGCCCUAUGUAUGCAGUGAAUGUGGGAAAACCUUCACUCAAAGAUCAAGCCUUGUUCUUCAUCAUGAGAGAAUGCACACAGGCGAGGGGCCCUAUGAAUGCCGUGAGUGUGGGAAAAACUUUGCUUACAGAUCAGUCCUUUUUCACCAUCAGAGAAUCCACACAGGCGAGAGGCCCUACGAAUGCCAUGAGUGUGGGAAAAGUUUCAUUACCAGCUCAGCCCUUUCUGCACAUCAGAGAAUCCACACAGGGGAGAGGCCCUAUGAAUGCUGUGAGUGUGGGAAAAGCUUCAUUCACAGCUCAGCCCUUUCUAAACAUCAGAGAAUCCACACAGGGGAGAGGCCCUACGAAUGCCGUGAGUGUGGGAAAAGCUUCACUCACAGCUCUCACCUUACUGGGCAUCAGAGAAUCCACACAGGAGAGAGGCCCUAUGUAUGCAGUGAAUGUGGGAAAACCUUCACUCAAAGAUCAAGCCUUGUUCUUCAUCAUGAGAGAAUCCACACAGGCGAGAGGCCCUAUGAAUGCAGUGAGUGUGGGAAAAGUUUCAUUAGCAAUUCAGGCCUUUCUAAACAUCAGAGAAUCCACAUAGGGGAGAGACCUGAGGAACCACCUGAUCAGCAUCUUGUACAGCAGACAGGAGAAGAUGAAAAAUGAGCUCUCAAAACUGGAGACUCUCAUACAAAACCAACCUUCCACAUGGGUGGACUUGACAAAAAUUAGACAAGCCAUUUACAAUGCACACUUCAUUUCUCUAUGGAGGAAAAAGGACAGUAAACUAUCUAAACUCCUACCUGCCACAGAGGGCUGGCUACAACAAUGACACCCUCAAUUCACCUAACAAUAUUGUUAGUCCAUCCAACCACACACUUAGCCCGGCAGAAGAGUCUGUCCUAUCUCGGGGACUCUUUCUGUCCCACCAUUCCCACAAAUAUGAUACAGUUUUGCGGUGAACUGGAAGCCUACUUUCGUCGUCUCUUGACUCAAGGAAUAUUUUCAAUGCACCACUGAGCAGAGCACUAGCCCACAGGAACCCGCCUACCAACACUACAAGAACAAGAACUCUGCGUGGACUCCUGCUGACGGUCGAAAUGACAGACUGGACCUCUACAUAGAGUGCUUCCGCAGAUGUGCACAGGCUGAAAUUGUGAACAAACAACAUCGCUUGCCCCAGAACCUCAGCCAUACAGAACGCAAUGCCAUCCACAGCCUCAGAAACAACUCUGACAUUAUAAUCAAGAGGGCUGACAAAGGAGGUGCUGUAGUCAUAAUGAACAGGUCCGAUUAUGAGCAGGAGGCUGCGAGGCAACUCUCCAGGACCACAUUUUACAGGCCACUAUCCUCUGAUCCCACUGAGGAAUACUAAAAGAAACUACACCAUCUGCUCAAGAAACUCCCGGCUACAGUAUGGGAACAAAUCUACACGGGGACAUCCCCAGAGCCCCGACCAGGGCUAUUCUAUCUGCUACCCAAGAUCCAUAAACCUGGAAACCUUGGACGUUCCAUCAUCUCGGGCAUUGGCACUCUUACAGCAGCAUUAUCUGGCUAUUUGGACUUUCUCCUCAGACCCUACGCUACCAGCACUCCCAGCUAUCUUCGAGACACCACCGACUUCCAAGGAAACUACAAUGCAUUGCUGUUCUUCCUGAAAACACCAUCCGGGCCACCAUGGAUGUAGAAGCGCUUUACACCAAUAUUCCACAUGAGGAUGGACUACAAGCUGUCAGGAACAGUAUCCCUGAUGAGGCCAAAGCAUGCCUGGUGGCUGAGCUUUGUGACUUUGUCCUCACCCACAACCAUUUCAGAUUUGGGGACAACUUAUACCUUCAAGUCAGUGGCAUGUGUACCCGCAUGGCCCCACAGUCUGCCAACAUUUUUAUGGCUGACUUAGAACAACGCUUCCUCAGCUCUUGUCCCCUAGUGCCCCUCCUCUACUUGCGCUACAUUGAUGACAUCUUCAUCAUAUGGACCCACGGAAAGGAAGCCCUUGAAGAAUUCCACCAGGAUUUCAACAAUUUCCACCCCACCAUCAACCUUCAGCUUGGACCAGUCCACACAAGCGAGACACUUCCUGGACACUACAGUGCAAAUAAGUGAUGGUCACAUAAACACCACCCUAUACCAGAAACCUACUGACCGCUAUACUUACCUACAUGCCUCCAGCUUCCAUCCAGGACACAUCACACUAUCCAUUGUCUACAGCCAAGCCCUAAGAUACAACCGAAUUUGCUCCAACCCCUCAGACAGAGACAAACACCUACAAGAUCUUUAUCAAGCAUUCGUAAAACUACAAUACGCACCUGGGGAAGUGAGGAAACAGAUUGACAGAGCAAGACGGGUACCCAGAAAUCACCUACUACAGGACAGGCCCAACAAGGACAAUAACCGAACACCACUGGCCAUCACAUACAGCCCCCAGCUAAAACCUCUUCCGCGCAUUAUCAACAAUCUACAACCUAUCCUGGAAAAUGAUCCCUCACUCUGGCCUUGGCUACACUGGCGCUGUACAGCACUGCAACUUGCUGCGCUCAGGGGUGUGAAAAAACACCCCCCUGAGCGCAGCGAGUGCAGCACUGUAAAGCUCCAGUGUAAUCAGCGCCUGCAGCGCUGCAAGCUACUCCCCUCGGAGCUGUGAAUCCUCAAGUGUAGCCAAGGCCUCUCACCGAUCUUGGGAGGCAGGCCAGUCCUUGCUUACAGACAGGUUUUUUGUGGGGGAGGGAUAGCUCAGUGGUUUGAGCAUUGGCCUGCUAAACCCAGGGUUGUGAGUUCAAUCCUUGAGAGGGCCACUUAGGGAUCUGGGG